CGCCCCGCGCCGUCGGCUGGGCUCCAGCCCGGCGCCUCGCGAACGGGCCCCACGGGUUUUGGUGCCAGAAGAGAAGAAUGAUUGAUGGGAAGCAGACACCGAGCGAUAGACACUCGUCCUUUUGCUUUAGCUACUGACACCUCAGUGCACCUGAGCAUCCCUUGUGAACUGUGAGCGUCAAGCACCCAGGGUUAUUGGAUGUACAAUAGGAGAGCCAUCACUUUGAUAAAUCAUUAUCUGCUACUGGACAUCUUUUAUAAAAAACCAAACUAGACCCAAGGCUAAUAGAUGCGUUCUAGGACAAUGAAAAAGCUGCAAGUUGUUGCUAAUGCCUAGUGCACAAGUAUGCUAGGCUUCCACCAAAGUCCUCAAUAUACCUGAUCAUGUGCAAUAUAUGAACCCUUCACUUUUAGUUUUGGAAUCUACGUUGAAGUCUCAUCUUCUUUUUCUUUUUUUUUUUUUUUCCUUUUUUUAAUAUACAAACCUACCUACGUAUAGACAUAGAUAAGCUGCUUUAGUGACCACGAAGAUUGCCAAGAAUUUAGAGAUGUAUUUGUCAAGAUUCCUGUCAAUUCAUGCCCUUUGGGUUACAGUGUCCUCCGUGAUGCAGCCCUACCCCUUAGUGUGGGGGCAUUAUGAUGUGUGUAAGACUCAGAUUUAUACGGAAGAGGGGAAAGUUUGGGAUUACAUGGCCUGUCAGCCGGAAUCCACAGACAUGACAAAAUAUCUGAAAGUGAAACUGGAUCCUCCAGACAUUACCUGUGGAGACCCUCCUGAGACAUUCUGUGCAAUGGGCAACCCCUACAUGUGCAAUAAUGAGUGUGAUGCAAGUACCCCAGAACUGGCACACCCACCUGAACUGAUGUUUGACUUUGAAGGAAGACAUCCCUCCACUUUUUGGCAGUCUGCUACUUGGAAAGAGUAUCCCAAGCCUCUCCAGGUUAACAUCACUCUAUCUUGGAGCAAAACUAUCGAGCUAACAGACAACAUAGUUAUUACCUUUGAAUCCGGGCGUCCAGACCAAAUGAUCCUGGAGAAAUCUCUUGACUAUGGACGAACGUGGCAGCCGUAUCAGUAUUAUGCCACAGACUGCUUAGACGCUUUUCACAUGGAUCCUAAAUCCGUGAAGGAUUUAUCACAGCAUACGGUCUUAGAAAUCAUUUGCACUGAAGAGUACUCCACGGGUUAUACGACAAAUAGCAAAAUCAUCCACUUUGAAAUCAAAGACAGGUUCGCCUUUUUUGCCGGACCUUGGUUACGCAACAUGGCUUCCCUCUACGGACAACUGGAUACCACCAAGAAACUCAGAGAUUUCUUUACAGUCACAGACCUGAGGAUAAGGCUUUUGAGACCCGCUGUCGGGGAAAUAUUUGUAGAUGAGCUACACUUGGCACGCUACUUUUACGCAAUCUCAGACAUAAAGGUGCAUGGAAGGUGCAAAUGUAAUCUCCAUGCCACUGUGUGUGUGUAUGACAACAGCAAAUUGACCUGUGAAUGUGAGCACAACACUACAGGUCCAGACUGUGGGAAAUGCAAGAAGAAUUAUCAGGGCCGACCUUGGAGUCCAGGCUCGUAUCUCCCCAUCCCCAAAGGCACUGCAAAUACCUGUAUCCCCAGUAUUUCCAGUAUUGGUACGAACGUCUGCGACAACGAGCUCCUGCACUGCCAGAACGGAGGGACGUGCCACAACAACGUGCGCUGCCUGUGCCCCGCCGCCUACACGGGCAUCCUGUGCGAGAAGCGGCGCUGCGAGGAGGCGGGCGGCUGCGGCCCCGACUCCGGCCAGGGCGCGCCCCCGCGCGGCCCGCGCGCGCUGCUGGCGCUGCUGGCGGCUCUGCUGGGCGCGGCCGGCGCCCUGGGCCUCUAG